AAUGAUACCCCCUGCCUUCAAAAGGUGGUUCAUAGUGCUCCUCAAGGUCUGGCGACCAACGCCAGUCGUAAUGUCAUGCUCGAUGACCUCCAAGAGACAGUGCCUCAGGUCGCUUGGGAGUACUUCGAAGACUGUCUUCUACCUCCCUUGCCGCGCGACGUCGACAUAAUGGCAGUCGUAGACGCACUUAAGAAAACUCCCGCAGUCAUAUCCCGGCAGAAUAAACUCCUGUGGGCUGCCUUUGCGAAUGGGACCCCGAAAUCGCAAACGGACCGUAGCGAGGACAAGGUUUUCUCCGCCAUAGAGAAAAUCGUCGUCGCGAGCAACAAGGCGCUCAAGAAGGUCUCCAGUCACUCCAAGAAGUUGACGGUGCGAUUCAAGUGCAGGCCUACCACUGUCCCGUCAUCAGAGUCGAGGAGUAACAGAUCCAAGCCGGAUGGUUACUUCUUACUGAACGAAGGAAGGGCCGUGGACGAGGUGCCCCCGAAAUGGCAAAAUAUUGUUGUUCCCGCUGAGUACAAGAAGGGAGACGACGUGUCAGACCUGAAUGCAAACGCCAGUCAGAUCUUAUGGUCGCUAACACACGCUAUGCGCGAGGACGCAAGACGUAGAUUCGUAUUCGGGUUCACGAUUGAGAAUACGCGUAUGCGGCUGUGGUUCGCCAGUCGCCAGGUCGUGCUAGCUUCGUAUCCCGAGAACGAUUUCACAACGGCCAUCGGGCGCGUCGCUGGAUUUUUCCUGCGCAUUCUGUAUGCGGAGCGGCAUGCACUGGGAUUCGACGAGACGAUCGUGCGACUGCCGCCCGGAGAGGGUCAGAGCGACGUACCAUACGAGAUAGAAGUCGGCGGCAAGUGGUACCGGACGCAGCGUCUGAUCUCAGCCAUUGGGGCCGAGUCCAUCCGUGGCCGUGGCACGCGAGUGUGGGAGGUCAAGGAGUUGGAUGGGCCUGAAGGAGCGGAGAUAGGGCCGUGUAUGGUGCUCAAGGACGGUUGGCCCGACUACGAUCGCGACCGCGAAGAAGUGAUCCACGAGAAGAUCCUGGACGCUGCAGAGAAGAGUGGCCAGGUCGAGACACUGAAGAAGCACAUGUUGACUGUGCAUGCGGCCUGCGACGUUUUGGUCGAGGGCAGAGUGGACGAUACGCUUGCUGUCAUGUGUCGUGGAGAGGCACCCCCUUAUGGCGAGACGCUAGAGGUUAAGAAGGAUCUGGAGGCGAAGAAGACUGUGCAUGAAGACCAUCCUCUCCAGGGAGCGAUGCCUCGGCCGUCCGACGAGAUCAAGAGACAUUUUGCGUACCACCGGAAGGUGCAUCAUCGUAUCAUCUUCGAGGAAGUUGGAACGACUAUCAUGGAAUCAGAGACAAUCUCCUUCGCGUUCGAUAUUUUGCAGGAAGUCGUUGAAGCUCUCAGGGCCCUGCACAGCUGUGGCUGGGUACAUAGGGAUAUCAGCGCCGGGAACAUCCUCAUUGUUAAUGAUAUCGCCAAGUUAGCAGACCUGGAGUACGCGAAAGCCGAAACUGAUAAUAGGACACAUGACUUACGAACGGGCACUGCAUUCUUCAUGGCCGUUGAGGUGGAGGCCGGGACAUAUCUCUAUGGUCGCGCUGGUCGCGAGAUUCUACGGACUGUCUUAGAGGAAGGUACUGUUGGCGCAAAAGAGGCCGGACCAUCGGAAAAGAUGGCGGCGGACAAAAGAAGAAAGCGGUGCGAUCAAGAUAACGACGCAGAGGACAAGCGGCGGUCGGACUCCUUGUCUACCCCUGCUCUUGCCCCUAGACCGGCAGCAAGAGUCGUUCGAAAGAGGCCUUUCAGGCAGAAUCCUCUGCAUGACCUCGAGUCCGUCCUCUGGCUGGGCCUCUACGUCCUCUUCUGCUCUGUCUUCAAGCGGUUCGCAGAUUCGGAUAUGGCUGAUGAACAGUGGACAGACUGCAUGAAACAUCGCAAAGAGGUCGCCGCCAAACUAUUCAACAGUCAUGCGUUCAGGCACCAGGUCAUCAGCACGUCGAACGUCUUCAGCGAACAACUUCCUGGGUUGCAUCCACAGCUUCAGAAGAUCUGUCUAGUUCUCGAAGCGUUCUGCGAACUGUUGGUAUCCCGUUACGCCGAGGUGGAA